GCAGUCGGCAAUCCGCUCCUGCACGGAGACGCUCGUGAUAACUCUUUCUCUUACUUGGUCCGGUGUUUCCGGCCUUCCAGUGUCUGCUGUACCCUGGUGACGCACGAUACAACAUUUCAAGGUUAAAUCUAACGCCAGUCUAUAGGUCUCGCGCAUUUGUUCCAUAAUGCGAUAGAUCUGGGUGAGAGACAACUAAAUGACAUCCAGAUCAGGAAACAGCGGAUGAGGAAGACCCGGAUGUAAGGACGCAAUGAUCCGAAGAAGCUGAAAAACCGCAUAAUAACCAUCCACGGAUUUAGCAGGCGGUCCACAAUGCUGGUACCGCCUGAUAUGAUUUCGUCCCACUCCAGGAUGGUCUAUCAAUUCAACAAGUACUUUGGCGAACGAGUGAUGAACAGGAAAAGCCAGGUGGCAAAGACCAUCCAGGAAGUAUGCCGAGUAGUGCAAGACGUUUUGAAAGAGGUGGAAGUGCAAGAGCCACGCUUCAUCUCGUCGUUGACGGACUACAACGGCCGGUUCGACGGCCUCGACGUUAUCUCGCCGACGGAGUUCGAGAUUGUCAUUUAUCUAAAUCAGAUGGGCGUGCUGAACUUCGUGGACGACGGCACCCUGCCGGGCUGUGCCGUAUUGAAGCUCAGCGACGGCCGCAAGCGAUCCAUGUCCCUCUGGGUCGAGUUUAUCACCGCGUCCGGUUAUCUGUCGGCCCGAAAGAUACGCUCGAGAUUCCAGACUCUAGUGGCGCAGGCCUGCGACAAGUGCACGUAUCGGGAUUCGGUGAAGAUGAUCGCCGACACUACCGAAGUGAAGCUACGGAUACGAGAGCGUUACGUGGUGCAGAUCACGCCGGCCUUCAAGUGCGCCGGGCUCUGGCCCAGGUCGGCCUCUCAUUGGCCUAUCGCGCACAUACCUUGGCCGCAUCCGAAUAUCGUUGCCGAGGUGAAGGCAGAGGGCUUCGACAUGCUCUCGAAAGAAUGCAUAGGUCUACAGGGCAAGCAAUCUGCCAUGGAGGGUGACGCCUGGGCGUUGUCAUUCAUCGACGCGGAGAACCGACUGUUGCAAGGCGCGAGCAGGAAACGCUGCCUGAGUAUACUGAAGACUCUGAGGGAUCGGCAUCUCGACCUGCCGGGAAAUCCGGUCACCAGCUAUCACAUGAAGACUCUUCUACUUUACGAGUGUGAGAAACAUCCUCACGAGGCAGAGUGGGACGAGGGUUGCCUGGCCGAGAGAAUAAAUGGUAUCUUCCUGCAGUUGAUCUCCUGUUUGCAAUGCCGCAGAUGCCCGCAUUACUUUCUACCGAAUCUUGAUCUCUUCAAAGGGAAAUCGCCCAGCGGACUGGAGAACGCCGCAAAGCAAGUGUGGAGACUCACCAGGGAAUUGCUGACGAAUAGCCGAGCGCUCGAGAAGCUGUAAUGACCGAUGGUGCUCGUCAUAUGAUUCGUGGACUGAUCUCGCAGUCUCAUCACACGUUCCCGCGACUGCGGCACCGUUGAUUUCAACGCGCGAAUAAGAUAUGUUUAAUCAUAUAACGCUGUUAUGUAAGAACUACACGCAAGAAUAUUAUCGUUGACUAAAGACUAGUAACGUGAAAGGAUUUACGUUUCUCUUGGUUUUCCCUGUCAUCGUAACACACUGCCAAGUCAUCGACACAAGUUUGGGCAACAUUUGUUUUGGAUUUCGCGGAGUCCCGAGAUUCUGGAGAUUAUAUAUUUCGUUUUCGACAUCUCGAAAAUGUUUAGUGUGUGUCAGAAGCAAUUUUCACGGGAAUAACUAUACGCGUAUGUGAUGUUUGGUAAACACGUGAUUGCUCGCAGACGAUCGAAUUAGUGCCAUAAAUAAUUUCGACGUUAGAGACAAAUUUCGUUUCUAUUGUCGGCGCGAAAUAUUUGUUAAUUAUAUAUAUAGCAGCAGAGAAUCAUUGCACAUGGCCAGUUUGUUGUAACGUUCGGAUUACAACGCUGUACCGAUGCGUGUGAAAUAAUCUUUAAUCUGUGGUAUAAAAAUCUUGUCAAAUUUUAUCCAGUGAAAAGACAGAAUUAUUUUUCGCGCUUAACUCUUUAAGAGCUUUAAAAACUACAUAAAACGAUUAUUUCGAAGAAUACAAAUUUUAAACGACAAAAAUUCUUCUCUACAAUUUUUUACAAUUAUUUUAAGUAUUCUGCUUGCUUUUGACAGUUUUACGAAUUCUCAAAUCUGGGGAUUCCAAGCAUUGCCAAUUCAGCACUUAAAGAGUUAUAACGCGAGAUAAAUUUUAUUAUUAAUGACACUUUUCACGUGAAACUUUCAAUGUAUCGAUUAGAUAACUUUACCCUGCAAUUUUUGAUAAAGUUUGCUCGCGACCACGGUUAAAGGUCAACGUUUCUCUCUUAUUAACUCCCUCGCGUAAACCCCGCCGCCUAUGUAAAUAAAAUUGAAAAGAUAUUUAUUGAACUGUAACGAAAUGUGAAAUAUAAUACUAUUUAUAUGGAAGCCUGGGA